GUAAAUAUUAAACAAACACGCGAAAUGGAAUCUUUCGAUUUAAAUUUAAUUCAAUUAGUGGAGAAAUGUCCUAACCUCUAUGCGAAAAGCCGUCCAGAUUAUAAAGAUAGAAACAAGGCCCAAAAUUCAUGGUCUAGCAUCGCCAAAACGUUGAACGUAGAAGUUACUGCCUGCCAAUACCGAUGGGGCCAAUUACGUGAACGUUUUGCUCGUGAGAGGCGAUCUUUGAAAGCAGGACUUCCAUCCGGCUCAGGGUCCUCGAAUUUACUAUCUCCUAGUACUCUGUACAAAAGUCUUCUAUUUCUAGAACCACAUGUACAAACUAGAAGGACACGUGGAAAUAUUAUGAAAAAAAGUGUGUCACUAUCUGAAAAAGACUCCGUCUGCUGGGAGACAGUAGAGACAGUAGAGACUAACGAUCCAGAUUUUGCUACUGAUGAUGGAGGUAAAAAAGCAAAAAAAGCCAGAAAGGUUGAAGAAAAUGCGGAUGAUGCUGCUAUUUUAGCAAUUUCAGGAGCCUUGCAAAAUGUAAAAGAACUGUGUGAAUCAACGGGCAAGUGCGAUGAUGUAGCAUACAAUUUUUGUAUAAUGACGUACAGUCAGUUGAAAACAAUGUCUAAAGCAAAGCAAAAAAUUGCUCGUAGCAGGAUCAGUUCAAUUAUGUUAGAACUCGAAUCUGACUGA